GCAUAUCACUUUAUUUUACCUAUCGUUUCCAUCAUACCUUUAAAUUAACAUUUUUAAAACUAGAUUUCUAUGCACUAUUUCUAGACUCUAUGCACUAGAAAUUGCAUUACAGUUUCUUGUUUAAACGUCAAAAUGAGUAAAAUUUAUAAAGAAGAUGAGAUCAGUUUAAGAAUUGAUCGUUGCUUGUAUGAUUCUGCUAUCAAAUUUGGUGCUGGAUUUGGUGUAGGUUGUGUUGCAUCAUUACUCUUUUUCAAGCGAAAGAAGUGGCCUUUACUUGUUGGUUCUGGAUUUGGAUUAGGAUUAGCAUAUGAACACUGUGAAAAAGAUUUAAGAGAGUAUUUUACUUCUACGUGAAAUUUAUGUAUUAUGGCAAUAGGAAAUUAGCCUUAGACUUCAGGCCAACAUGUUAUUUUUUGCAAUUUUUUUUUUCAUGUUCAUAAUUUAUAGAUAGAAUAAUAUUGUUUUGGAUUAUAAUUUAAAUACAUGCAAGUUCCAACUUC